AUGCAUCUCCCCUUCCUUCCCGCUGUACACAUCGUAAUAAACUUCGACGGGCACAAGAUCCUGCAUUCCCUCUCCGUCCGCUGGCGGGCGUUCAAAGCCCUCCUCUCCCUCUCCGCCCAAGUCGAGAGCACGGAGCGGGAGAUGCGGCGCGCAGUCAAGUGCGUGUUGCAGCAGGCGAUGCAGGAUGGAGCAGAUAAGGCUGAAGUGGGAAGGAUGUUGGCCGAGCUGGCUGCACUGGGCGACCGGGCAGCUCGGUCGGCGCACAACCAUUCGUCUCACAACCCCUUUCGGCUCGCCCAAGUCGCUCAGACGCGGCACAACAUGAAAGAGCUUGAGAAUGAGGUCAUGCUCGCGGGUGCCGUGAGGAAGAUCAGGAAUAUUGCUGCUGCUUGCAGGCUUGGUGAGCUGGACGAGCUAAAAGAGCCGAUGGUGAUUGCUGAGAGAGCUUUCAGAGGCGACAAGCUUAGCCCAAGUUAG